AUGACCGUACACAACCACGUUCUGGCUAGUUCUGCCACGUUCUUCAUGUCUCAUCGCGGUUUAACGUUACCAGUAGGUGGCGUAGAUAUGACGAAAACUGAGAACAAAAUGGACGAAUACGACAAAAAGUUUGUAAAGUUGCAAAAGUACAUUCCACUCCUGGAAGUAAUUAUCGUGAGGCUGCUCAAUAUACAUGCUAAGGACAAAUACAAUUCAAGUGAAGUUCAACUAAAGAAAGUGCUACAUCUGCACGGAAUUCUGUCGAACAGCAAGCAAAAAUUGAAGAUUGAGACGCUGCAGAAAUACGAGGAUAUUUUACAAAAACUGCACAAUAAAGUAGAAACUGCAGUACUAUGA